AUGGUUUUUUCUAUUUUUGUAAUGCUAGUUAAUUCUUCUAUUUCUUAUCCUUACUCAAUAAAAUUUGUAAAAAAAGUUUUUAAAUUUAAUAAUUUUUGGAAUAUUCAUAUGGCAGCUAUUCCUUUGAUUGCAAAUUGGAAUGCAGUUACUUUAGGCUUAGUUUUUGGAUUUUAUGAGUAUUUUAAAAUUAUUUUAUUGAGUGUUUAUAAUAAUAAUUAUGAUAAUGAACAAUAUGACUAUAUAAUGAGGGUGAAUGAUAUAAUAUAUAAUGAAUAAAAAAAUAUAUAAUAUGUUAUAGAUAAUUUACUAGGAAAAGGAACAUUUGGUUAAGUAGUAAAAUGUUCAAUUCAAGGAUAAAAAGAAAAUUAUGCUAUCAAAGUUAUAAAAAACAAACCUGCGUAUUUUCAUUAAGCAAAAACUGAAAUAUUAUUAUUAAGAGUUUUAAAUAAGUAAGAAUGCGAAUAAACGCAAGAAUAAAUGAUUGAAAAUUAAAGAAAUAAAAUAGUAAAAUUAAUAGAUUUUUUUGUUUUUAGAUCUCAUUUUUGUUUAGUAUUUGAAAUGAUGGAUUUAUCACUUUAUGACUUUUUAAGAAAUUCAAAGUUUAGUGGUUUUUCGUUUAACCUAAUUUCUUUUUGGAUAAAAUAAAUAGCUGAAGGAAUGGCUAUUAUUGAAUAAUAACAAAUUAUUCAUUGUGAUUUAAAACCUGAAAAUAUUAUGAUUAAAAAGUAUUUUUUUAUAAUAUAAAUAAAAACAUUAUAAAUACAUAUUAUUAAUAUUUAUAUAAGUAAUGAUAUAAAGAUUAUUGAUUUCGGUUCUGCUUGCCCUGAUUAAAAUAAAAUUUAUUCCUAUAUUUAAAGUAGAUUUUAUAGAGCUCCUGAAAUUAUUUUAGGAUUAAAAUAUACUAUUGCUAUUGAUAUGUGGUCUUUAGGUUGUAUUUUAGUAGAACUUUUUUUAGGUUUGCCUAUUUUUCCUGGAAAUUCUGAAUAUGAUUAAAUGAAAAGAAUUAUAGAUAUUUUAGGAUAUCCUGAUAAUGAAUUAAUUUAAUAAGGAAAAUUUAGUAAUAAAUUUUUCGUUUUUUAAGAAUAAGAAAAAACUUAUAGAUUAAAAACUAAAAAAGAAUACGAAGAAAAUGAAAAUGUUUAAUUAAAUUAAAGUAAAAACUAUUUUUAAAUUUAAUGUUUAGGAGAUCUUGAAAAUUAUAUUAAAAACUCUUAAAAUAGAUAAUAUAGUCUUGAAG